CUUCUUUUCUUCCGAUUUGUUUUUGUACUAAGACUGUAUUACAAUGUCAGCUGUGAUAAUUGAACUGGAUAAUCUUUCUUCAGAUGAGAUUGAGAGCAAAAAGGAUUCCAAGUCAGAUUUUAAAGAAGGCAAAUUCAGUGAUUUGUGUGCCGGUUAUCAUGCUUUUCAACUUCACUGCUCGCAUUCUGCACCAGCUGGUAUGAAUACAAGCAAGAGUGAGACAGUGAAAGAACAUCCAUUAAAACCCUCUCGAAGAUCUAUGCCAUGCCUAGCUCAGAGCCAAACACAUCCUCAAAGUCUGAGCAAGCAUUCAUCUUUUCUGCAGCCAAAUCGUGUGCAGCCACAGCCCCGACCUCAGCCUCUCAGUGCAGGAACAUCUACAGCUACAGUGGAUGUGGUGUCAGAACGAGCUAAAGUGAUGGAGACUUUGGAAAACAACUUGCUUAAGCUGUCUAAUACAGAAUAUGAUGAUCCGUUUUUAGGCAUAGGAAAGGAAAAAGACACAUACGCAGAUGAUUCAGAACAUGGAAAUUAUGAUGCUCGUACAGAUCAGUCAUUGCUUCUUCAAAACAAGCUUACCAGGCAGAAAACAGAAACUCGGACCAAAUCGUCUUUAAAGGCUGAUGCCAUGGCAUCAUCAGGGCUCUUCUUCAAAGAUGGAAAAAAGCGCAUUGAUUACAUCUUGGUGUACAAGAAGUCAAGUCCACAGGUAGAAAAAAGAAGCACAUUUGAAAAGAAUUUGAGAGCAGAAGGGUUGAUGUUAGAACGAGAGCCAGCUGUUACAAACAGUGAUAUCAUGUUUGUUAAAAUUCACUGUCCGUGGGAGACAUUGUGCAAAUAUGCAGAAAGAAUGAAUAUCAGGAUGCCUUUCAGGAAAAAAUGUUAUUACACUGACUGGAGGAGCAAAACGAUGGGCAGUUUGCAGAGGAACAUGAGAGAGCUGAAAAGUUGGUUGCCCAGAAAUCCAAUGAAGCUCGAUAAGGAGGCCCUACCUGAUCUGGAAGAAACAGAUUGCUACACAGCCCCCUUUAGCCGUGCACGCAUACACCAUUUUACAAUAAACAACAAAGACAGCUUCUUCAGCAAUUCCACAAGAAGUAGAAUCGUGCAUCACAUGCUACAGAGAACUAAGUAUGAAGAUGGGAAGUCCAAAAUGGGUAUUAAUAGGUUACUGAAUAAUGGAACAUAUGAAGCAGCAUUUCCACCCCAUGAGGGAAGCCACAAGAGCAGACAUCCCAUCAAAACACACGGAGCUCAGAAUCACAGGCACCUCUUAUAUGAGCGUUGGGCACGGUGGGGAAUGUGGUACAAAUACCAACCUCUUGAUUUAAUCAGGCGAUAUUUUGGUGAAAAAAUUGGACUGUAUUUUGCCUGGCUGGGAUGGUAUACUGGAAUGCUUAUUCCUGCUGCCCUGGUUGGGCUCUUUGUUUUCCUCUAUGGACUAUUUACAAUGGAUUCCAGCCAAGUAAGCAAAGAGAUCUGCGAGGCAAAUGAGACCAUCAUGUGCCCUAUGUGUGAACGCAAUUGCACACUACAAAAACUCAAUGAAAGCUGCAUAUAUGCCAAGGUUACACAUUUGUUUGAUAAUGGAGGAACUGUCUUCUUUGCUAUUUUCAUGGCAAUUUGGGCUACAGUCUUCCUAGAGUUUUGGAAGAGACGGAGAGCUGUAUUAACCUAUGACUGGGACCUCAUAGACUGGGAAGAUGAAGAGGAAGAGCUGCGCCCCCAGUUUGAAGCUAAAUAUUCCCAAGUGGAAAGAGUAAAUCCCAUCACAGGAAAACCUGAACCUUUUCAACCUUUCCCUGAUAAGCUGAGUCGACUAAUGGUGUCUGUCUCAGGAAUAUUUUUCAUGAUUUCACUGGUCCUCACUGCAGUGUUUGCUGUUGUGGUGUAUCGUCUGGUAGCCAUGGAACAGUUUGCUUCUUUCAAGUGGUAUUUCAUCAAGAAGUAUUGGCAGUUUGCAACAUCUGGCACUGGAGUCUGUAUCAAUUUUAUGAUCAUCAUGUCACUCAAUGUUGUAUAUGAAAAGGUUGCCUAUCUCCUGACAGACUUAGAGCACCCUCGAACAGAAUCUGAAUGGGAAAACAGCUUUGCCUUGAAAAUGUUCCUCUUCCAGUUUGUCAACUUGAAUAGCUCCAUCUUCUACAUUGCCUUUUUCCUUGGCAGAUUUGCAGGCCGCCCAGGAAAGUACAACAAGCUUUUUAACAGAUGGAGACUUGAAGAGUGUCAUCCUAGUGGCUGCUUGAUAGAUCUGUGCUUGCAAAUGGGAGUUAUUAUGGUUUUAAAACAAAUGUGGAACAACUUCAUGGAACUAGGCUAUCCUUUAUUACAGAAUUGGUGGUCACGACGCAAAAUGAAGAGAGGAGGGCAGUUAAUGGAGCAUAAAGUGUCUCUGCCUCAGUGGGAAAAGGACUGGAAUCUACAGCCUAUGAAUCUUCAUGGUUUAAUGGAUGAAUAUUUAGAGAUGGUUUUACAGUUUGGCUUCACCACCAUCUUUGUUGCUGCCUUCCCACUGGCACCUCUCCUGGCAUUGCUUAACAAUAUCAUAGAAAUAAGAUUAGAUGCAUACAAGUUUGUCACUCAGUGGCGAAGACCUAUGCCUGCAAGAGCAACAGAUAUAGGUAUCUGGUAUGGGAUUCUGGAAGGAAUUGGAGUCCUGGCUGUCAUCACCAAUGCCUUUGUUAUUGCCAUUACUUCUGAUUACAUUCCACGUUUUGUCUAUGCAUACAAAUAUGGUCCCUGUACAGAUCAAGGGUACAGACAAGAAAAAUGCUUAAAAGGAUAUGUCAACAGCAGUUUAUCAGUGUUUGAUUUGAGUGAACUUGGAAUGGGAUACUCAGGAUACUGCCGGUAUAGAGAUUACAGAGCCCCACCAUGGAGUUCAACUCCAUAUGAAUUCACUUUACAGUUCUGGCAUGUCCUGGCAGCACGUCUGGCCUUCAUCAUAGUAUUUGAGCACCUUGUUUUCGGAAUAAAGUCUUUCAUUGCCUACCUGAUUCCAGACAUGCCUAAAGACUUGUGUGACAGAAUGAGGAGAGAGAAAUACUUAGUCCAGGAAAUGAUGUAUGAGGCUGAACUGGAGCAUUUGCAGAGAGAAAGGAAAAAGAAUGGGAAACAAUAUCACCAUGAAUGGCCUUAGUCACUACCAUGCUGCAACAAAAACACCGUUUGGAAAUUGAAGAGUGCAGUUACAAAAUGAAGUCAGAGUCUGGCAUCAGUGUAUGAGAUACACAGUGUAUAUAUGUUCUUCCUGAGCAGGACAGUUGCAGGCUUUGGUGGCAACUGGAAAAUAGAUGCUUCUGAUGAACGAAAUGAAAAGCCUUACCUAUAACAGGUCUGCGGUGAGUCACCAACUCUGGUCAGAAUUGGCACUCAGGAACGCGCAGACAGAUAAAAAAUUUGGACACCAUGAUUUAAAAAAGGCAAUGAAUUUUCAUGCUGUUUAUGAAGAUACUAACAGCAAAGUGGAAAUAAAAAUUACCUGUCAAUUUACACAGUAAGGGCAUGACUAAAACAAACUUACAUGAUAUCCACUACUUCUGAUUGCUCAGCUCCAUCUAGCUUCUGAUUGCUCAGCUCCGUCUGUAAUGCCUCUGAAGAAAAGAGCAAGUGUUGCCUUUGUGGCCAUAACUUGAUAUAAAUGAUCUUUCAAGCUUACUGUUCUGUCAGGUUUGUCCUAGUCUCUUGUUGAGAUUGUGGAUGUGGUCCUACCCUAAAAAAAGGGGUCUGUGGCUGCUUAAUGUAUACUAUGCAGUUUAAGAAUUGCACAUAUCGGUGUCAUUAAUUUAUCCUUCUAGUUGAAAACCAAAAAUUCUAAAUUCAAAGAGAAAACAGCAGCACUGAGAGAACACAUUGCAUUGCCCACAUUGCAGCUCUGUUUGAAAAUGAUGUGGCUGUUCAAUUGCCUUGCACUUUUGUGUGCAGAAAGGCCACCUCCACAUGCUUCCAGGAUGAAAGAUUUGUCAUUUUCAUGCUCUGGUGUAGCAUGCAGAUGUCUACCUGUGUUACUGUUCGUUUUGACCUGUCUGGGCAAUGAUUCCAUGACUUCACAGAAUGCUAACUUGAGAUGUUCUCAUAACCGUGCAAAUGACUUUGUCCUCAAUAUACGAAUAACUUUAUAGUAUGCAAGCUUAUGCAGAUAUAUAUCAGGCAUACAGUAUAACAUUGAUUUGCUUGUUCAGGGAAGGAGAAGCAGAGCAUUUUAUAACAAUGCUCCUCUUCUUACUGUAAAUGUAAAUACUCCAGUAAUGUGCACUACUUCUAUUGGCAUAAAUAUGUCAAAGCAUGGGAGUUGGAUACAGGCAGACACGUAUACAGGUUGUCUAUAAAUGCACACGUACACACAGUGGUUACUUUUAGAUUUUUUAAUUAUUAUUUGUAUGUCUUCUUACAGUUUGGGGAGGGGGGCUUUUUGGAUAAAAUCACUCUAGAAGGUAGAUGUUCAUAUAAAGAAUCAAAUUUCAAGUUUUAUGUGCAUACAGCAAUGUUGCUUAUGGUUAUAGUCACAUUUUGGUAAUGAAAUUGCCUGUUGCCAAUGUUUCAUAAUAUGGGAAGAGGGCAGCACAUUAUUUAAACAAUCAGAGCAAGUGUUUAGGGUUACCUUGCAGAGAAGGGUGUGGAGAAAGAGAGUUCCAGUCAUUCUGUUUCUCUUGUAUAAUUCUAAAUAAUGCUUCUCUAUAUUGGAUGAAGAAUAAUUACACAAAGAGUCAACAAAGCACAGUAACUAUAAAGGCUGCAAAUUUUAACUUUAUUUUUAGGGAUGAGGCUGCAGCAAAAUCACUGCUGAUAGAUAUGAAAAGACCUGAAUUUUUACUACUUAUAGUACUCCACUGAAUCAAAAAGUGUGAUUCCAAUAUUCACUUGACUGUAUUAGCACAAUCAUUUUAUUAUGCAUAUAAAAUUAAUUCUUAGAGUCAAGAGCGCAUCAAAGCAGAUAAGUAGGAUAUGUUGUAUCCAGAGGGCAUAGCAUCAGACCUUAAAUUCUUAAGCCAUUUCACUAUAUUCACGAGAUUUCUGGGUUAAUUCCAGCUCUCUGUGACCAGACCAGGCAACUGUAGGAGUAUCUACAGUACUGCACAAAGGAGGAAAGAAAUUGGAAGGUCUGAUCUAUCCAGAUAUAUUAGCUUUUAGUUCUGUGAUAAAGGGCUGGUAAAACUCACUUCCCAUAUUUUGCAAAGGCUGCUUUGCUCCUUCAUAUUCUGGAUUGUGUGUUAAGUUCCUCAGUAGUCCUUAUCAGAAAUAAUUAAUGCACUCCCCUCAGUGCUUAUAGAAUCACACAGGUUCUCUUGUCUCUCUUUUCAUUCUGUAGAUUAUCAAGCACCGUUUGACAGCAUUAACCGUGUGUCACAGCUUCUGUUUCUGUGCCACGUAGUGAUAGUACUUCAGUUCUUUAGCAGGUCACAGAUGAGCUCUCUUUUUUUAAUGUUUUCUCUAAAAACAAAAUGCUUUGGCUGGCCCAAGGUAUAAAGAUACAGGAUAAAAUCAGGCAAAAAUCAGAAAUACUAUUUUACACUUCCCUGGUUUUGCUGUGGAUAUUAGCACAUGUCAAUACAUACUUAGGCAAAUUCCAAUUGGACUUAAAAAACACAUAGGAGAGAAAUCCUUUUUGUAAUUGGGUUUUAAAUAUAUAUGUUAUUAAUGAUUUUCAACACUGGUGUAUAGGAGUAUUUCAAAGGGAAGUAUGCAGGUCUGACAUUGUACAUUUUAUGCACUGGAAAAGCACAGGAAGUUUUGGAGAAACACUGUGUGUGUUCCUUUAUUUUUUGAGGACAUCAGCAAUGUCUGAAGGUUUUGCCACUAUCUAGCUAUUUGCUUAAGCUGAGAAAUCUUUUUGCUAGACUUUGUUUAGUAUGCUGUUUGCAUUGAUUGCACGUUAUUUUACUGAAGUAUAAAGCACACUCUGUCCUCAGGAAUAAUAUAUUUUAUGAAUGGUGAAUGAUCUUUUCAGAUGCUAAAUAUUGUCUUUCCAAACAAAUGACCAGUAUGAAUAGACUGUGCAUGCAAGCUGCGUUUAUGACAAGCUUUAGAACUUCAGUUUGUGCAAAAAAUGCUUUAGGUCAUUGCAGAUCUAAUCUGUGACAACUUUGCUCUAUGCAUGCGCCCUUAGAGAGACUGCACGAGCAACUCGGUAUUUUGAAAUACAGAAGGUUAGUCCAAAAUGUCUUAAUUAUUCCUAACCAAGUUUUGUGUUGAUUCAGACAGAAGAAAUCUCCAUCUCAGAAAUAACAAAAAGUCUGCUGAACCCAGGACAUUAUACACAUCUCAUUGCUUAUGACUUAUUAUUCUAAAUUUGUGCCUAAUGUGUGAGAUCUGAGUUCUGGUGACUAAAAAAGUAAAAAAAGAGAAUUCUGCUGCAUUAACCAUCCUAAUGAGAGGUUCCUUCUUAGAGCUCAAUGUGUGUCUCCAUAUAGGUGGAAGCAUGAAGAACUCAGUAUUCACAACUGAGUACUAACAGAAUUGUCUGAAGAUUGAGCACAGGCUCUCAACUUGUUAUACUGUAAUCCACUUUCCUUAGCAGAAACAGAGUACAGUGUUUGAGCAUCGUGACAGAGUACCAAUAUUUGGAAACGAGGCAAAUGACGUGAUGUUUACUUUUAGAUUUUUCUUUCCUAACCCUUUUUGUUAAAGAAUUUAUAGAGAAAAUGUAGGUGAACAUGGAAGUUAAUAUUGAUGAUGACAAGGCUAAAAUUUCCAUGGUGAUGAUGGAUGAUAAGUGAUUGUUUCGUUAAUAUUUCUUUGGAAGUACUUACCUUAAUUUGUACAAAACACCCAUCAGCUGUUUUAAUGCCCUUUUCCAACACCAGCUUGACUUAAAUUGUUUUCUGAGGAUCAGUUUGACUCAUUGUGUCCUGUGAAAAGCUCAAAAGAAAAAUGUCUGGGGGGCAUAGUGAAAAGAGGUUAAUGGCUACCUUAAUGUGUAAAUUCCUGAAUCUCUGAAGUUUCUUUCAUAAAAAGUUCUUCAGCAGGAAAAAUACCUUGGAAAACACAGCUUUAGUAUGAGUGCUAGUGUGGGGAAAGGCAAGAAUUUUGGUGAUAUUUUAUUCCUAAUGUACUUAAUGAUCAGCCUAAUGUAAGUGAGUAGUGCUGUUUGCUUGCUGUGGCUUCUUCCAGUUCACACUCCAAAUGGGAUGGCUGCCAGAGAGAAUUUCUGGAGCCAUGAGAUCCAGGCAUUUAGUAGGACUGCGAAGUUCUAAUGCACUGAUGCCAUGUAGGACUGUAAACUCCUACAUGGCAUAAUGGGCCUUAUUAAUUUCUUGUAUUGUGUCUCAGUUCAUUCAUGGGCAAAUUAAUACAUGCAUAUUUAGAAGCAUCAUAUACUUUUGAUUAACUGAAGAUCAUCCAUGUCCAUAAAUUGAAAAGAAACUGAAAAGGUUAGUAUGUAGUUAACUUGAAAGUGUCACAAAUUUUCAUUAAAACUGGUAAAAACUAGCGGCUUUUAUAACACUGGCAAUGGCCAUGUCAAUAAAACUUAUUUUAUACAGUGUUGUGUUUUAAGCUGAACCCAGGACAAACAGCUAAAUAUAAAGUCAGUAAGGUUAAUGGAAAAUCAGUUGCAUUUUCUAUUAAGUGUUGCACAGGAGAAAGGGAACAGUGAUAUCAACAAUCACUUACAAUACAGUAAUAUUUCCAGAAGCAUUUUAUUUUUCAUAAUCCUCAUAAACUACUGAUGUUGCUUAUUUGGGGUAAAGGUUGAAACAAAUACAUAGCCAGCCUUUCAUAAUCAUGUUUAUUUGGUGUUAAUGCUGACACUAGAAUUCAAACAGAAUUCCACGUUUACACACUUUUGUUGGUUUUUUCUUAGUUCAAAUGCAUACUUUGUCUAAAAUGCAUGCAAUGACACUUUUGGAAAGUGUUUAAGUGAAUUACAAACCUAAAUUCUUGUGGUGGAAAAUUUAGCAGUUUUUAAAGAUCCCUCAGUCUUUUCAUAGUCGACCUCCUGCUCGCAAAGCCCAUGUUCUGCUGGGAUAAAAUGCAACAAGCCAACGUGUGGAGGCUGAGGAGGAGCAGAGGAAGCAAAGGACUCCUCUGCACUUCAGCAGGUUUUUCUCCAGAACUCUGGCAGGUUCUGCAAAACAAGGGUUUGAAGAUGGAGCAUGACGACAGUCCUCCUAAAUUCUUCUCUCUUUCUCACUCUUUACUUAUACUCAGUAUUUUAAUAACUGAUGCAUUCUUGCUGACAGUCCAAUUUCCAGGGCAAUUGUGUAACUGCAGAAGUUUUUACAGACUCUUUUUGGAUGUCCCUAACUGAGAAGCCAAAGCAGAAAGUGCACAAACACUAGUUUGUCUGGUGCUCGUUACAAAUUGGUAUGCACUGGAUGGAGUGGUGGGAGGAAGCACAGGGUCUACCGAAGUGUGCCAGUAGGCUACCCGUUUCUGGAUCUGUCCUUUCAGCCCCUCUCCCAAGCGCUAUAUGUUGCACUUCUUAUAUCCCACCCACACACAUCCUAAAUGCGCUACAUAAUCCUAACAUUUUUAAAUCUACAUAGUUGACAUUUUUUUCUCUAAUACUGACAUUGUCAACCACAUUUACCAGAAAUUUGUAUAGGCAUGGUUUUGGUGUAAUCGUGAUAGCACAAUGUUACCGUGACAGCACAAAGUUACAACAGCACAACAAGGAACUGUAGAGAUACCACUUUGCUGUUCCAUGUUACACAGGAACUUUUAAAUCUGGGAAUAGGAUUUAGUUUUAGAAUGUUAAUGGCGUGUUUCCUCCUCACUGCACUGGAAAUUACUUUGUGUAAGUUCUGUUCUAACUUGUUGCCAUAACCUCUAUACUGUUAUUUGUUCUCUGUAGUUUGCAUUCUUAUUGGUGUGAGCUAGUUUAGGAUGCUACUUGGAGGAGAAAUUAUGAUUAAACCAAAUGUAGUCUAAAGCUAACAAGAUUCUAACCACUGAGAAUACGAUGUUUUUUUCUGUUAAUAAUGAAAAAAAAAUUUUGGAUCACCUUGUAAUUUUGUGUUCUAUUUAGAUGACUCAGUGUUUUGUACUGAAAAAUCUUCCAAACUGUUGGCUCUGAUUUUUACCUGUAGUAGUAUCACUGAAAUUUCAGUUAUUUUAAAUAGUGUCAUGUAAAAUCUAACUGAAUAAGAUAGCUCAGUCAUUUUUUACUUGGAUAGUCCUGGUUAACUUGCAAUAUCGUGAUCGUAAGAGAUUUCUUAAAAUGUGUAUAUACUUGAAAUUUAUUUAAUAUUUAAAUACAACUUGGUUUCUAAGUAAGGAAUAAGAAUAAAAUCUCAACUAUUUUUUCUAUUCAUAGAUCCGCACUUUGUAAGUAAUACUUAAAAUAAGAUUACAGUGCCACAGAGCGUUUCAGAGAAGUUGACUUUUAUGCACUGCAAGCUAGAAGUUCCUCUGACCUGUCAGCUUUUGGUUUCUUUUGUGUUUUAAGAUUACUUUCACAAGCUCUUGUGUGCCCCAGAACUAAAAGAAUUCACCAAGGAAAAAGUUGUUGAUCUGAUUAACUAUUGUAAGACACUUUUGGCAUAAAUUUGUCUUUGAGAUGCUGUUUACUUUACCAAGGUUUACAUGUACAAAUGCAACUACUUACUAUAUCAUACACAUUUGAAUAUUGCAUUUUUUUCAGUAAUAAACUUGGAUAUCUUUGAAA